AGCAGCUUCGGCCAGUUGAUCGGCCCUAGUGUGGGGCCGGUGACCAAUUCUCAAUGCUCUUUUGCCUCCGCUCUGUCCUGCCCCGUCCUGCUUAGUUGUUUGUCGCAACGUCGCCCUGGGGCGCUGGUGCAAGCACCGGAGCAAGCGCGGGAGCGGCGGCUGGGCAGCCAGGGCUCCGGGGAGGGAGUGGGGAGUGCAGCCGAUCCUGCUGCCGGUGGCGUUUCCAGUUCAGUCUUUGAGGUGGGGGAAAGAAAAUGCUGCUUCAUGUGUGGGUCCACGUUAAUAAAAGGAAUCUCGCAGAAUAUAAACUGUCUCAAGGCCUUUGAUCGUUUCAAGAGACCGUCGUACAUGGAUGGCGUUUGAUUGGUUAAAUGGCCAUCUUGACUGCUCAAGGAAGUGGAAUUUGUUUAAUGGAAGAAAUGUCGUCUAUAGAAAGAAGUCCAAAGCAAGAAAUAAUUUCCCAAUUUCACUGUUCUGCUGCAGAAGGUGAUAUUGCCAGGUUAACAGUAAUGCUCAGUCAUUCUCCAUCUCUUCUCAAUGAAACUUCUGAAAAUGGCUGGACUGCUUUAAUGUAUGCUGCAAGGAAUGGACACGCAAAUGUUGUCCAACUUCUACUUGAGAAAGGGUGUGACAGGUCCAUUGUUAACAAAUCAAGGCAGACUGCACUGGAUAUUGCUAAAUUUUGGGGUUAUAAGCAUAUAGCUAACUUAUUAGCUAAUGCUAAAGGUGGGAAGAAGCCUUGGUUCCUAACCAAUGAAGUGGAAGAAUGUGAAAAUUAUUUUAGCAGGACACUACUGGACCGGAAAAGUGAGAAAAGAAAUAAUUCUGACUGGCUGCUAGCUAAAGAAAGCCAUCCAGCCACAGUUUAUAUCCUUUUCUCAGAUUUAAAUCCCUUGGUUACUCUAGGUGGCAAUAAAGAAAGUUCCCAACAGCCAGAAGUCAGGCUUUGUCAGCUGAACUACACUGAUAUAAAGGAUUAUUUGGUUCAGCCUGAGAAGGUCACCUUGAUUUUUCUUGGAGUAGAACUUGAAAUGAAAAAAGAGUUACUUAAUUAUACUGGGGAAGUCCCAAGAGAAGAAGAAGAUGGGUUGAUUGCCUGGUUUGCUCUAGGUAUAGAUUCUGAUGCUGCCGAAGAAUUUAAGCAAAGACAUGAAAAUUGUUAUUUUCUUCAUCCUCCAAUGCCGGCUCUUCUACAGUUGAAAGAAAAAGAAGCUGGGGUUGUAGCUCAAGCAAGAUCUGUUCUUGCAUGGCACAGUCGAUAUAAGUUCUGCCCAACCUGUGGAAGUGCAACUAAAAUUGAAGAAGGUGGCUAUAAAAGAGUGUGCUUAAAAGAACAGUGUCCUAGCCUCCAUGGUGUUCACAACACAUCAUAUCCAAGAGUUGAUCCAGUAGUAAUCAUGCAAGUUAUUCAUCCAGAUGGGACCAAAUGUCUUUUAGGCAGGCAGAAAAGAUUUCCCCCAGGCAUGUUUACUUGCCUUGCUGGAUUUAUUGAACCUGGGGAGACAAUAGAAGAUGCUGUUCGGAGAGAAGUAGAAGAGGAAAGUGGAGUCAAAGUUGGCCAUGUUCAGUAUGUCUCUUGUCAACCAUGGCCCAUGCCCUCCUCCUUAAUGAUUGGUUGCUUAGCUGUGGCUGUGUCUACAGAAAUUAAAGUUGACAAGAAUGAAAUAGAGGAUGCCCGCUGGUUCACUAGAGAACAGGUCGUGGAUGUUCUGACCAAAGGGAAGAAGCAGGCCUUCUUUGUGCCACCAAGCCGAGCUAUCGCACAUCAAUUAAUCAAACACUGGAUUAGAAUGAACCCCAAUCUCUAAAUCAAAUAACUAGACUUUGACUGAGUAGUAAUUGAUUUCUAAUACCACUUAUUCCUCAAGCGAGAUUAGAAAUGUCCAUGUUCCUUAAAAAAUAUCACAACACAAAAUAUCAUAUUGGCUUUUGGAAAUACUUUCAAAGUGUACUUUUCAUCUUGAUGAUACAAUUUCUAUUUUUAUAAAUUACCACAUUGCCUCAGAGUUUGUUAAAUCUGAGUCAGCCUUCUCAGAACAUUUUUUUGUGCUCCACAAUUUCAUCUCACAAAACUGUAUUUCUAAUAAGAAAUCAUGUUGUAAAGAAGUAUGUUCUGAAAAUGUAAAUAAAUCUAAAUUUUAGCACUUCAUAUUAGACCAAACACUAAAGACCAGUCACUAAAACCUAUUUAAAGGAAUUCUCCUCAAAGGUCAGAUAUUAAAUAAAUCCCAGAUGGAUUUAUAUAUUUAAUAAAAACACUGGCUUUGCGUCAUAUCUUUUUUGAGAAAUGAGGCAAAUAAUUUUAAUGAAUUUUGAGCUUGAUUUUUAGUCUUUUCAUUAUCACAAAGAUUCUUUCGAUUGUCAAUAGCUGAUUUUUGCUCAUCUUCCCAUUAUAAUUCACUUUCUUCUGGUUGCAUUGUUAUAGCAGUGCUAUGGUUUUACUGUUGCUACUAGUCUAUUUUCAUCAGUGUUAAGAAUUUUGUAUUUUAACAGCUGUGCUAGUGAUCAGAAUAUGAUACCCUCGUGGAAGGAUAGCUUAAGUGAGAGUAUACCAUUGUGUCUGGGACCUCUUCCUUAAACCUAAAAUUAAUUAAUCUAUUUAUCUGUUAGUUAUACUCAAAGUCUUAAAACAAAUGUCAUUUUUUGAUAAGAGAGGUACCUACAUUAGCAAAAGAUUUUAUAAUCAUUACUAACAACAUUUAUUAAAUUCAAAUAUAACAUCUUGGUUUUGGCCUUAAAUCAACACAUUCUAAGAAGCCUUUAGAAAGUAAAUACAUAGUUUACAAUUUUGCAACAUAGAAUUGUCAUAUUUUAAAAUUAAGUUACUUAAUUAUAAUUUAUUAACUUAAUUGAAACAAUCUGUAGUGUAUAACCCAGUGCAGGAUUCCCCCUCCAAUAGAAUGUAGAAACUAUUACUAAAAGUAUAUAUAGAAUAAACUAAAGUAUCAGACAAUAAGAAUUCAGUUUACCAAAGAUUGUUAAUUAAAAUUUUAGCUACUAAAAUUCAUUUAACUUAAAUAAUUUUCUUAGAUAAAACUUUAUUUACUAAUAAACAAUUAUUUUCUUAGUAAUUGAUGAAGGUUUUUUGAUAUCAGGGCUUUCAACAAAAUUAAGACUUUCACACGAUAUUAUAAUAUAUAAAAUUUGAACUACAUAGGAAUAUAGAAAGUGAUGUGCCUUGAUUAUUACGAAGUAUAAUGACUCCAAAUGUACCUUUAAUACUUACAGAUCCUAAGAUUACAUCAAAAAUUUCAAGUUUCCAUAAUGUUAGGAUAGCAAAGUAAAAUACAAAGUAUUGACAAAGCGUAGUUAUAUAUUUAGUUUUUGACAUUUAAUCCUGUACUCAGGGAAAAUCAGUAUCCAGGGACAUUAUUGUUUUAAUGAUUAUGCUUAAAUUGCUAAUCUCUGAGAAGUGAAUAGCUACAUGUAAGUAGAAGGAAUAGCCAAGAAAUGGUAGAGGUUCAAGUAACCAUGAAUGUAGUCUAAUGGAAAUGAAAGUAACAAAACAUUAAAACAUAUAUCUAUUUUCUGUU